AGAACGAUGGCUUGCCCAACACCUGAGAAGUUUUUCAAAGUCCUUACGUCACCAGUUUUACCAGCGGGCACAUUCAAAGGUGCGCUAGCUUUGGUGACAGGAGGUGGCACAGGACUGGGAAAAGCUAUCGCCACCAUGUUUUCUCAAUUGGGUGCCGAUGUUGCAAUUGCUGCCAGAAGAACUGAUGUCUUGGCCGCUACAGCUGCAGAAAUUCGUUCCAAAACUGGCGGCAAAUGUGAGGGAUUUCGCAUGGAUGUCAAGGAUCCAGCUGUUGUGUCACAGUCCAUUGAUGAGAUCACAAAGAAGUUUGGCAAGCUACCCAAUAUUGUUGUGAACAACGCAGCAGGUAACUUCAUCAUGGCAACAGAAAGGCUGUCACCAAACGCUGUGAAGGCAGUCGUCGAAAUUGUGUUGAUUGGCAGCAUGAAUGUGACGACAGAAGUAUGUCGAAGAGCAAUGAAGAUCAACCAGGGUUGCACUGUGUUGAGCAUUACGACUCCGUAUGCUAGGCAUGGCGCUGCUUUCGUUGUUCCGUCUGCAAUCUCAAAAGCAGGAGUAGAGAACAUGACAAGAUCGCUUGCUUCCGAGUGGGCUAAAUAUGGCAUGCGUUUCAAUGUAAUUGCUCCGGGACCCAUCAAAACGGAGGGAGCGUUUUCUCGUUUGUCGACUGCGGCACCAGAAGAUAUGGAAGCUGCAGGUGCGAAGACGGUUCCUGUCGGCAGAAUAGGAAAACCGGAAGAACUUGCUAAUCUCGCCGCAUAUAUGUGCUCGGACUAUGCAAGCUGGUUAAACGGAGCGAUUAUCGAUUUCGACGGUGGACAACAAUAUUUGAAUCAUAAUUCUUCAUUUGGUGCGCAUCUACACGAAAUGAAAGCGGAGGACUGGGAGCAAAUUGAAAGCACUAUUCGACAGAAAACUGGAAAGACAAAAAGCAAGAUGUGAAAAUAAAGGCUUAUUUAUUAGAAAAAUAAAGAAAUGAAAAUGUGUG